AUGUUGGACUUGAUGCAGGCUCUGCACCACGCGCCAUCGACGGACACGGAGCUCAGUGGCCUGAUGCUGAGCGACGAGGAGCUGGGCGAGCUGGGACUCGAACAGCUGGAGCACAAUGCAGAUGCCGCCGUGAUGGCCAUCAUGCUUCCAGGUACAUUGUCUGAGGACGAGCAGGGUAGCCCCAGGGACCAGGAACAGGACGAGCUGGACUCGCUCUGGAGCGCCGCGUUGGAUCUGGUGUGUGGCGAGCUGUCCGAGAGCGGACCGGACGAGGUCAUGACGAUGAUGAUGGAGCCCGAGGCGUCCAUGCACGCCGACGCGCUCUUCCCGUCGUCCUCGGUAGCGCCGCUGCCUCCACUUGGCCUUCGCAACGCUCUAGUGCCGCCCUCUACGACGGAGAAGAAGCGUCGAGGCCGCAAACCCUCCGCCAAGGCUAAGGAGAAGAAGCCCAAGCGUCCGCCGCCAAAUGAAGCCAAGGCGCGUCUACGCAGCUACGAGCGUCGCAGUCGUCACAAGCGAGAGUACACGAUGAUGACGAUGAAGGAGACGGUGGCGGCCAUGGAGAGCCGCAUCCGGGAGCUGUGCGAAGGCGUCAAGUCCGAGAGCCCUACCCGCCAGAAGAUCUCGGAGCUCACGAUGGAGGCCACGCACCUCACGAACCACAACUAUAGUCUCCGCAAGGCUCUGGACGACCACCGCUUCUUCCACUCGAUGCUGCAGCUCGAGUACGACCAUCGCGAGACGACUUCGGACUCGGUCGCCGACGAGCUCUUCGACCUGCACACGCCGCGAUCGUGGCGUCCUAUGGAAGAAGCCACGUGUCUGCGCCUCAUGCGCGACUCGUUCCUCGAGAUCGAGGCCUUCUCCAACAGCGAGGACUUUGUCACAAGCGGCCUCGAGAUCUGCGGCUGGCGCGAGAAGCGCAAACUGGUGGGCAACAACGUGAACUUCAUGUUCCACAAGAAAUUCGCCAAAGAUUGCAGCGAAGACCUGGCUGCGCGUAGCUGGGAGAUGCGCGCCGUCCAGGACCAGGUGACGCGCUACUUCGGCCUCAGUCUGGAGGUCAAAGUCGAAGUGCUACAGCGCUUCGAGAACGACGUGGUGGUAGUGCGUCGCAAGAUCAAACACACCGUCGAUGGGUGGGUGCACCACACUAUUUACCUCUUGUUCCGAACCAAGACCCCGGAUGGACACCUCGUGUGUAUCCGGGAUAUGAAUCCGGAAGACGCGAAUGAUUUAAACAUCAUGUCGGGUGCAGCCACGCCGCCGUCGCAGUGCGUCAUCUGGUCCAAGGCGUUCAUUUGGUGGAAGUUCACGACGCUUCCGGAGGAGAAAGGCCAUCGGAUCCGCGGCUUUGAAGUCGAGUACGGAGGCUCAUUGGGCUCGGCCACGUCGGCCGACGCUGCGUUCUGGAUGCGAGAAGUGCUGGUACUAGCCUUGAGGUGGGAGAACCUGGUGGUGGGGCCGCUUAUCACUCUGGGCUAA